CCUGGAAAACCACAUUCGAUACGAAAGAAUGUUAUCAGUGUGUAACUGGUAUUUUGUGCGAUUAUGUUUUUUCAUAGCUUGCUCUAAUUUUGGAAUAAGACACGCUGUAGGGUUGAGGUAUCACAGUAAUGUGGAGAUUGAAGGAAUUUUGAAAAAUUUUACAAUGGAAACUCAACGGUUUCCAUUAAGAUCGAAAAUUUAUUCCAUCGGACAGACCUUAGAUCAAAAUGAAUUAUGGGUGGUAGAGAUAACUGCUUCUAAAAAACGAGCUCUCGGUGUUCCAAAUAUAAAAUUCAUAGGCAAUAUUCACGGUAACGAGGCUGUAGGCAGGGAAAUACUUCUUCAAUUUCUUUAUCUUUUAAGAGAUGGUUACCUCAACAAAGACCCUACAAUAACUUGGCUAUUGAACAAUACUAAAAUUCACAUUAUGCCGACCAUGAAUCCUGACGGAUACAACCGUUCCGUGCUGGACUGCACCGACGAUAGAUGGCGAACAAACGGCAGGGGUUUGGUAGACUUGAAUAGAAGCUUUCCUGAUUAUUACCACCGCAAUAACGUACCUCAACAAUUAGAAACGGAAGCCGUUAUGAAAUGGAUGGAUGAAACUCCGUUCAUUUUGUCAGCCGCAUUACAUGGCGGAGCCAUGGUGGCGAAUUACCCUUUCGACACGGUGAAAGAAACAAAAUGGCAGAAAUUUCUGCGACAGGCAAGUGUUUUGAAUGAUACAAAGUUAAUAAACCAUCUAAGGGAACGAUAUAUUGAGUCAAUUCCGUCAAAGGACACUGUACCCUCUGUAACACCAGACCACGACGUUUUCGUUCAUCUGGCCAAAGUUUAUUCCAAUAAUCACAAAACUAUGCAUUUAGGAUUGGGUUGUGAUUAUUCUCCAGCCUUCGAUGGGGGAAUUACGAAUGGGGCGGAAUGGUAUGCAGUUGCAGGCGGAAUGCAAGAUUAUAAUUACUUUCGACACGGGUGCAUGGAAGUUACUCUGGAAAUUUCGUGUUGUAAAUAUCCCGCCGAAAAGUAUUUGCCAGACCUGUGGGAUGAAAAUAAAAGUGCACUGGUCAAAUACAGUUUGGAGGCUCUGAAUGGGGUAACUGGUCGAAUUUUGGAUAAAUUUACUAAAAAGCCAAUAGGAAAUGCGGUUCUAAAAAUUUCAGAAAGGGACAUAACUUUUAGGAGCCGAAAUCAUACCGGAGAGUAUUGGAGAUUGUUGCUUCCUGGAAAAUAUACGUUGGAGGUUCAAGCCGAUGGGUAUUACAAGAACGACGUAAACUUUACAAUCAAGGCGCCUUUGAAAUUUCCAAAACUGCAUAUUCAACACGUGUAUCUGACAAAUUCUUCAUAUCUAACGACAACUACUUCCACUACGACUGAAAAAAUCUCGAUACCGGAGGAAACUUCCUUUUUUUUCUACACGCACGGUGCUUCUCCGUUGCCCGUCCUUCAAAGCAGGUUUAUGGCUGACGAACCCGAAGAAAGUUACGAAAGUUACAAGGGUGGCGACGCCUCUAAAACGCCAAAUUUUUGUCUAUGUUAUCUUGUGUUUGUCUCUCUUUUUAUAUUGGGAUAUCAAAUAAAUUAUUUGAUUUAG